AUGAAGUUUAAUAACUACAACUUCAUAAAUCUCUUCUGCACCAUAACACUCAUCUUCAUGUUGAGUGGCACUGCUUCUUCAGCUCACUAUACCAAUACUAAUGAUCGUAAAGAUUUUACAAUGAAAACCAUAACGGUGGACAAGUCAGGCAAAGGAAACUUCACCACUGUGCAACAGGCCAUUGAUUCGGUACCAGACGAAAACAUGUCCUGGGUUCGCAUCCAUAUUAAAGCUGCUACUUACACUGAAAAAGUAUCAAUAAAGAGAGAGAAACAAUUCAUCUUUUUGGAAGGAGAAAGUAGCAGAAACACGAUAAUUGCAUGGGGAGAUGCUGGCGAUGUCGUUAAAAGCCCCACGUUUUCAUCCCACGCAGAUAAUAUUGCCGCAAGCAAAAUUACAUUCAAGAAUUUUUAUAACCAUGAUGUAAAGAGUCCUGAUGAUAAUGAUGAUGAUGGGACUAAAGAGGCAAUUAUAUGGGCACCAGCUGCUCUUGUUGAGGGAGACAAAGUGAGCUUUUACGCUUGUUCUUUCAUUAGCGUACAAGACACAUUAUUUGAUGCCCUUGGCCGUCACUAUUUUGAGAAUUGUUAUAUCGAAGGUGCAAUAGACUUCAUUUUUGGCAAUGCGCAGUCCUAUUAUGAGAGAUGCAACUUAUAUGUUGACACUUCACUUUUGGGUCCCGGGCAUAGUAACGGUUAUAUAACAGCUCAAGGCAGAGAAACUUCGAAAGAAACUACAGGCUAUGUAUUCCGUGCUAACACCAUCAAGGGGUCAGGUCCUACAUUAUUAGGCAGGGCAUAUAGAUCCCAUUCUAGGGUCUUGUUUUACAGGACAUAUAUGAGUGAUAUUGUCUUGCCUCAGGGUUGGGACGCCUGGAACUACACAGGUCACGAGAAAACAAUAACUUUUGCGGAGGACUUAUGUUUUGGCCCUGGAGCCAACAAAUCUCAAAGAGUGCAUUGGGAGAAGAAAUUAUCACGUGCGGAAAGGAAAUGCAAGAAGGGAAGUAAGAACAAUCCUUUUAUCAUGGCUGCCCAAGCAAAACAAGUGCUUUAUAUACUUGAUCUAGUUAAUGAUAACUGGUCCAUCGUUUUAUCAUUUCCCAAGUGGAAGUUCUCAAAAAAAGAAGAUUACGAUGAAAAUUAUGAUUUAUAUCAUGACUGUUUCAUUGUUGGACAAUCGAUACAUGAACAGGUUGAGAAUAUUCAGGAUAAUGAUAAUGAUAGCGAUACCAAUGAUCGUGAUUAUCUUAGAAACAACAUCAAAGAAUGA